AUGAACAGGCGUGAUGUGGACGAAGCAGCCUUACUCAAGUUAUACGGGAUCUCAUCUCUCGAACCUCAAGUAUGGGAAUCGAUAGACCACGAGACCGAGGGACCUCUUGCGGGGACGAUGACGGGUGAAGAUGGGAAGAUGGCGGAGGAGAUGGAUCCUUUAGGUCUGAGAGGGAAAUUGAGCGGGGCGAAUGAACUUGAUCUUAAAACUAGAACAGCCACCUCACUCUCAUCCAAAUCAUUCGAUCCCAAAGUAUUCCUGUCCGCUCAUCAUCCCGAUGCCUCCUUCCAGGAUUUACAGAGGGGUAUAUACAACUUGGAAAGAGCUAUUGAAAGUAGAUCCGAAGCUGUUAGGAUAUUGGUGGAGGAGAAUUUUGAUAGGUUCGUAGGUGUCAAGGCUAGUAGUGAUGUCGUUUAUAGGGAUAUGAAAGAAGGUUUCUUGGCGGAUGAUACGGAUCACGGUACGAGGGAGUUAAGGGAAAUAUUCAAAGUCGCCGGCCACAGAGCAGAUCAAGUAUUCUUGCCAGUAUUAGAAAAUGCCGUCAAAGCGUCCAAGUUACGCUCGACAUUGGGUGUAGUUGAAAAAUCGAAGUUUUUGUUUAACCUGCCCAAUCAAUUGAUGGAAUCUAUAAAUGCUGGAAAAUACGAUCAAGCUCUUAGAGAUUAUAAAAAAGGAACUUUCCUCCAAUCUUCUAGACAGCUAAUACCAGGAGUGAACGCAUCGAAGGAACAGCAAAAGAGGAUUUUCGAUAAAGUUUGGAAAUCCGUUGAAGACAUUAUGAGUGAUAUGAGAUCUAGGUUGGAUGCUGGUUUGAAAGAUCCUACUAAAGGUGUUGAAGAGCAGGAAAGGACCAUUGAGACUUUGGUUGAGCUGGAUCAAUCUGACGAACCUGCUUGGACGUAUUUGGAAUAUCAACAUAAACAUAUCUUGAAUAAUAUGAAAAUCGUCUAUGGUAAAUCACAGGACAGGAUCAAGGCCGCCCAGCUGGCAUGUGCCAACCAACCUUCCACGCUGAACUCCGAAGUAGAUCAACUGAGACGUCAACUUGCCUCGACAGAGUAUCAGCUGAACACCAUCACUCCCUCUACAACUGAUUCAGCUUGGCUUACCUUCCAAGCGUUUAUCAAGCAAUAUUCGGAAUAUGUCAUCAGGUCAUUACCUGGAUUUUGGAAAAUUGCCAAAGCAUGUAUGGACGGAAAAUAUCGCAAGCGAGAUUCAUCAGGAUCAAUUCCACCCUCCAAACGACCAGCGAGUGUUUGUCGAUCAAUGGCAAUGGAGAUAAUCAAAUUAUACAUCAACACCAUUUCUCAAUUCUUCACUUUAUCCGAUAUAUCUCUAUCUGAUUCAUCGAAAUCGCCUUCUGGGUCGGCUUCAGACGAUAAUUUCCAAAUGCCAGGUUUUGUGCCUGAACAUUCAACUAGUAUGACUUCCUGUUAUUUCGCUGAAAAGAUUCUGGAAGAGAUCAAUGACUGUUCGAUGGAACUGCUCAAUGUGGAUGUAGGUAAUGAGGCUAGGAGUGGUUUGAGAGGUUUGUUGGAUAGUGCCAGAUGGAGGUUUGUUCAGGUCGUGAGCGCAACUUGGUCAAGGGACUCAAAAAUCCUACAUCAUCUUGAAGAUUGGACGACUCUACCUCAAAAUUCGCUGACUACCAAGAACGUCUUGAGGUAUUUAAGUGUUAUGGAGGAAUUUGAACUUCGUUUGAUCAAUGCUUGUAAGAAAAUAUCAAGUACCACUAACAGCGCUGCUUCGUUAAACAACCAACAAGCUGGUAGUAGUAGUAAUGGUAGGACAGGAGGAUCUUCGAAUGACAUAUCAACGAACUUCAAAAGGAAGAUCAGAGAUUCGUUUGUGGAUACACUAUGUUUCUGUUUUGAUGGGAUGAUUGAUUUCACUUCGUCCUCUGCCCAUGAGGAAGAAGGGGAUAGGGGAUUGAGGAGACCUAGCAGGGUGGUAGUAAGGGAUGGAAGUGAUGAACAUGAAAUCCGACUGUUGAUCACCUUAGCCCAAUUCGAUCAGCUCAAACGACUCAACUUAUCUUUACUCUGCAACAAGAUCUCCAAAAUCUUAGAUGUAGAUAUGAAGAAAGAUGAGAAACUCUUAUUUGAAGUGGUGGAGAAUAUGGAUGAAAUGAUAUUCAAAGAAUUGAUCAAGGGAAGGUCGAAGGAGCUGGUCGAUGUGGUGCAGAUUGGUAUAUUGGAUUCGGGGAUCAAUUGGGGUGAAGUGGGUAAACCUACUGAAGUACGACCGUACAUGCAUAAAGCGAUUUUAUUGUUGGUCGAAGCCCAUUCAAGGAUAGGUAAUAUCUCGCCAAACCUCAUUCAACGGGUUAUCGAAGCUUUGGUCAAUCAAAUUACUCAAGUGGCAUUGAACUGCUUUCAGAAAGUACCCAAAUUUGGUACUGGAGGAAUGUUAACUGCAACACUGGAAAUUGAAUUCUUACAUCAAUCAGUGAAUAAUUUCGUUUCACCCCAAUCGAAUGAUACUCUCUCCAAGAUAUACGAUACGAUCUCACAAGCUUAUAGAAGGCAAAAGACGAAUGAUGAUUUUAACAGGGAAUUGGAAGGAUUGAAGAAAUUGUUAAAUACGAGUAGGAAGAAUACGGGUAUGGAAACUUUGUGCUUUAGAGGUGUGAACGUGGGAGCUGGACAAUGA